AUCGAGCGCCUACUCAGUCGGUGGGAGUUACGACAUCACUUUCCUCCACCCGCCGACAUCUGCAAUCAUCUCCUUCAUUCUGCCUCGUCUUCUCGUCUCCGCCCGCUCGCAUUCCCGAUUCCUCCUCCUCCUCCUCCCCGGUUUCCCAUGGCGAGGAGGGACUCACCCCCGGCUUCCCCCUCCCCCUCCUCCUCCGACGACGAGGAGGAGGACCGCCGGACCCUGGUCCCCCAGAACGACUCCACCGCCGCGGCAAAACCCUUUCACCGCCGCCGAUUGUCGUACCCUGCUUUCGAGAUCUCCGGAGACCUCCCCGCCCGCGUCGGCCGCCGGUUGUGGUCCAGCAAGCACUACCUCCUCGCCGUCUCCCUCCCCUUGCUCCUCGUCCUCCUUUUCUUCUCCUUCGAUCUCGGCCGCCUCUUUCGGGGCGUCUCCGUCAUCCCCGUCGCCUCCUCCUCCUCUUCGUCCGUUGCCGGCGACCGGAUGCGGGAGGCCGAGCUCCACGCUCUCUAUCUCCUCAAGAACCAGCAAUCUGAGCUUCUGCGGCUUUGGAAUCUUACUGUCUCCGCAGCCACAGCCACCGCCGAUGCUGCUUCUUUUCCUUCUCCUCCUUUCUUGGCUCCAAAUUCCACUUCGUCUCCGAAUUCCACCACAUCUCGCAAGGUCGAUCGACCAAAUGCCGCAAUUCCGGCGUCGACCAUGGAUGAGUUCAGAUCUACGCUGAUCCGGCAGAUCAAGCUGAACAAGCAGAUCCAGGGGGCGCUGCUCUCGUCUCACCGGUUGGGGAAUCUUUCGUCGGAGGCCCUGGACGAGAAUGGUAGCUUCGACGUAUCUGGUCCUGGCACCGGUGUGUGCAGGAAGGUGGAUAGACCUGCCGGUAGGAGGACGAUCGAGUGGAAGCCGAAGAAGGACAGAUUCUUGUUCGCGAUCUGCUUGUCGGGUCAGAUGUCCAACCAUUUGAUCUGCUUGGAGAAGCACAUGUUCUUCGCGGCGCUUCUCGACCGCAUCCUGGUCCUCCCGAGCUCCAAGGUGGAUUACCAGUACGACCGGGUCUUGGAUAUCAAUCAUAUCAACGAGUGCUUUGGGAGGAAGGUCGUGAUCUCGUUCGAAGAGUUUGCAGAGAUGAAGAAGAACAAGAUGAGGAUCAAUAGGUUUAUCUGCUACAUUGCAUCACCACCUUGCUAUCUGGACGAGGAGCACGCUAAGAGGUUGAAGAACUUGGGGCUUUCACUUGGGAAGAUUGAGGCUGCUUGGCCUGAGGAUGCCAAGUUGAAGACACAAAAGAAAAGGGUUGUUGGAGACAUUAUGCCCAAAUUUGCAUCAAAUGAUGAGGUGAUUGCCAUUGGAGAUAUGUUCUAUGCUGAUGUGGAAGAAGAGUGGGUAAUGCAGCCAGGAGGCCCGCUUGCUCAUAAGUGCAAGACGGUGAUCCAACCAAGUCGGCUCAUUUAUCUCACAGCACAGCGGUUCGUGCAGACUUUCUUAGGGAGCAACUUCAUAGCCCUGCAUUUCCGUCGACAUGGGUUCUUGAAAUUCUGCAAUGUGAAAAAGGAGAGUUGCUUUUUCCCCGUUCCUCAGGCAGCAGAGUGUAUACUGCGGACUGUUGAGAAAGCCGAUGCCCCAGUUAUUUAUCUAUCCACAGAUGCAGCUGAGAGCGAAACAAAUCUUCUCCAGUCAUUAGUUGUGUUAAAUGACAAGCAAGUUCCACUGGUCAAGAGGCCAGCUCAUAAUAGUGCUGAAAAAUGGGAUGCCUUGUUGUACAGAAAUCGGCUAGGAGGAGAUAGUCAGGUUGAGGCCAUGCUGGACAAGACAAUUUGUGCUUUGUCUACCGUUUUUAUUGGAUCGUCAGGUUCAACAUUCACAGAGGAUAUCAUUAGACUUCGUAGAGGCUGGGAAUCUGCUUCCCAUUGCGAUGAGUACCUUUGCCAGGGUGAGCUACCAAACUACAUUGCUGAGAACGAGUGAAAGGAGACCCGUUCUAUGCUGCACAUUGUGACUUGUUUCGCAACUGCAACCAUCCUUGUUCCUGAGUAAUUCCCUGUACAUUGAUGUGUGAAUCCGAGCAUUUGGUUUUUACUGGCCUCCAUAUGUUCGACAGAAACCAAAACUAUGAGCAUUUUGUCAUCUCGACAAAGAUCUGUUUUUGGGUUAGCUGAGGAAAAGCUUUUGUAAGCUGAUGAAGGAUGAAAACUACUGUGUCUGCCAACCUGAUGUUUAUCAGAGUGCCCAGUAAUGGAGUUGUUAAGAACAGUUUGUAUGCAGUGAAAUCAUGUAUUCCAUUUGUUCUCUUACAACCGAGUAGAUAGUGAGAUCUUUCUUCUAUUUGUCCUGCA